GCUCUGCUCUGUUUCGUGACUGGCGAUUUCAAAAAAAAGAAAAGAGAAGGAAUAGCCAGCGAAGACACAACCACCAAAUCACAACCAAACAAAUUCUGCCAGAGCCAAAGAGCGAGACUCUGCUUUCGGGACAGAGCGAGAGAGACUGUUCUUGUGUUCGUCCUUCUCUCUCGAUUUGCAUUGCAAAAUGGUGGAUCAGUACGUCCUCGGCUGGAUCCUGGCCUCUGUGUUCGGCCUCUUCACUUGGUACCUUGUGGUGUUGAAGCGAAAGAAUGACGAGAAGAGAGCGAUCUUGGAGGCGAGAAGAGAGGGCAUGAAGAGCCUCAACACGACAAACGGAGAAUGCAGAUCUAGUCAAGGCGAUGGCGACGACGUCGACGUCAUCAUUGUAGGAGCCGGCGUCGCCGGCGCCGCUCUUGCUCACACUCUCGGCAAGGAUGGACGUAGAGUACGUGUAAUUGAAAGAGAUUUGACAGAGCCUGACCGCAUAGUUGGUGAAUUGCUACAACCUGGGGGCUACCUCAAAUUGAUUGAGUUGGGACUUGAAGAUUGUGUUGAAGAAAUUGAUUCUCAGCGAGUGUUUGGCUAUGCCUUGUUUAAGGAUGGGAAAAAUACUCGACUUUCCUAUCCCUUGGAAAAGUUUCACUCAGAUGUCUCAGGGAGGAGUUUUCACAAUGGACGUUUCAUACAGAGGAUGCGACAGAAGGCUGCAUUGCUUCCCAAUGUACGAUUGGAGCAAGGAACUGUUACUUCUCUACUAGAAGCAAACGGGAUAAUUAGGGGUGUGCAGUACAAAACUAAAAGCGGCGAGGAACUUAAAGCCUAUGCUCCUCUGACCAUUGUUUGUGAUGGCUGUUUCUCAAACCUGCGUCGCUCCCUCUGCAAACCAAAGGUUGAUGUACCUUCUUGUUUUGUUGGUUUGGUUCUAGAGAAUUGCAACCUUCCAUAUGCAAAUCAUGGACAUGUUAUCCUUGGAGAUCCUUCCCCUAUUUUGUGUUAUCCUAUCAGUAGUACUGAGGUUCGCUGUCUUGUUGAUGUACCUGGUCAGAAGGUUCCCUCUAUCUCGAACGGCGAUAUGGCAAAGUAUUUGAAGACUGUGGUGGCUCCACAGCUUCCUCCAGAAAUUCAUGAUUCCUUUGUGGCUGCUGUUGAUAAGGGAAACCUUAGAACAAUGCCAAACAGAAGCAUGCCAGCUUCUCCCUAUCCUACUCCUGGAGCUUUGUUGAUGGGGGACGCAUUCAACAUGCGCCAUCCUCUAACGGGGGGAGGAAUGACCGUGGCACUCUCUGAUAUUGUCGUGCUGCGGAAUCUUCUGAGACCUUUGCAUGAUUUGAAUGAUGCACCUACCCUUUGCAAAUAUCUUGAAUCCUUCUACACAUUGCGUAAGCCCGUGGCAUCCACAAUCAACACACUGGCAGGUGCUUUGUACAAGGUGUUUUGUGCCUCGCCUGAUGAAGCAAGAAAAGAAAUGCGCGAGGCUUGCUUUGAUUAUCUGAGUCUUGGAGGGGUUUUCUCAGCAGGACCUGUCUCUUUGCUGUCGGGUUUAAACCCACGCCCCUUAAGUUUAGUUUGCCACUUCUUUGCUGUUGCAGUUUUCGGUGUUGGUCGUUUACUAUUGCCAUUCCCUUCACCUAACCGAAUCUGGAUUGGAGCUAGAGUGAUCUCGAGUGCAUCAGGAAUCAUCUUCCCCAUUAUUAAGGCUGAAGGAGUACGGCAAAUGUUCUUUCCAGCAACGGUUCCAGCAUACUACAGAGCUCCUCCCACCAAGUGAGAUCCAUGACAAAAACAAGAAGAAUAAGAAGAAAAGAAUCAAAGGCAACUGUUAAUCCAAGUCACCCUGUACUUAUUAUCUACAUUCCCUUCCUUAAAAAGUAAAGGAUAAGGCUCAAUGGUUCAUCAAAAAGGGUGUGCCUCAUCACAUUUAAUGUUUUUAGGAGACUAAGAUGUCCAUGUUCUUUCAUUAUAAGAUCAACUAUACAUAACUUUUUCCCUCUUAAGAGUUGAGACAGCCACACAGCAUCUCUUUCCUCAAUUUGGUGGCCGGUGAAUGUUGACCAAGUACAUGACCAGUUAACAAAUCACAACUCACAUUAGUGUUUAGGCAUGUCACAUUCUAUCAGUGUUUUUUUUUCCC